AGCUUUGACAGCCAAAACAUUUCCCCUAUCAUUACGAACGAAAAUGCACUUUACUUUGUUUUGUUUUGAUUGCUGUUCAAUGAAUUUUUGAAGCAAAAUGCACAGUUUACGUGGUAGUUUGUCCAAUAUUCCAAGUACAUUUAACAAUAUAAUUCAAAAUCUACCAGCGCUGGCACGCAAUAAUCUAGACAAUACAGUUAGCAAUUCGUCAACAUCGUCUUUGUCUGGAGAGGAUUCAGAGAAGUCACAGGCGAUUCCGAAUUCUUUGAUAACUGAGCAAUGGCAGUUGAUCUUAGGACAGAAUGCAUCAGUUGACGAUUUGGAAUCAGCAAUAUCGAGAUGUAAAGAGCUCGUACUGGGAACGGAUGAAUGCAGUUUCGAACGGAAAUGGUUAGUCCGACACCUGGUUGAACUGCGAUUUCGUCGCAACGAAUUGAGAGACAUGCUAGACGAUCCAAAUACCAAGGUCAACGAUAGCAAUGUAACGAAAGUGAUUCUCGGUCAUCACUUUAUCCGUAAUCUAAAGCACACGCCGACGUCGCGACAGUUCUGUGAUCACUGUUCAGGUAUCAUUUGGAGUGUAGUCCAAGCGUCAUAUAUCUGCCAGGAUUGUUCGUUUCGGGUCCAUCACAAGUGCGUACAAUUCGUUAUUCGAAUAUGCGCCCAUGUUAUAGCGUCAGAACGUAACGGCACUAUCGAGGAUAUUUGUCCAGAAGUUGGUCUAGCCAUUCAGGGAUACAAAUGCGCCGAAUGUGAAGUCCCUCUGAAUUUCAUUGGUGUAUCUGAUGGCAUCAGUGAUUGUUUUGGAAAACAACAAAAAUCAGAAAAUCGUUGGAUUGAGCCCCGUAAAUGUGACUACACAGGAUUGUACUACUGUCCAACUUGCCACUGGAACGAUACAACCAUAGUACCCGCUCGGAUAGUUCACAAUUGGGAUUUUACCCCACAAAAAGUAUGCCGUGCCUCAUUACAAGAAUUGAAUUUGAUCUUUGAACGUCCGAUCAUCGAUCUGGAACAGCGUAAUGCGAAACUGUACAUUUUCGUGCAAAAUUUGAGUUUGAUCCAUAAAAUGCGUGAGAAUUUGAAUGAAAUGCGCAAAUAUUUGAACGAAUGCCGGUUCGCUGCCACGGACAAAUUGGUCGAAUCAAGUGUUGGCACUAAACGCUACCUAGUACAGUCAACCAAACUUUAUAGCAUAAGUGACUUAGCAUCCAUAGAUAGUGGCGUGAUAGUCGACUUUCUUAAUAAGGUCUAUCAUACGUUCGAUAAGCACAUCCGCACCUGUGAUAUUUGUACAGGAAAAGGUUACUUAUGCGAAAUUUGCAGCAAUAACGAAGUCAUAUAUCCCUAUGACGAUGCGGCCGUACGUUGUGUAAAGUGCACGGUUAUAUUUCAUCGAGCAUGUUGGAUACGAAAAUCAAACAAAUGUCCCAAGUGCAUUCGAAUUGAAGAGCGAAAAUUGAAAGUGGUCGAAGAGGAAACGGACGGGGUUGAGUGAGUGGUGGUGGUACUGCCGACUCCAAUUUUUAUCCUGUCGUAUUGUACGAGAAAUUUUCUAUGAAUUAACCAACGACGAUUAAUAAAGUGCCAUUCGAACGAAACCAAGUUGACAGGGUGACAAAAAUGCAAGAACAUUUUUUACUUUUUCAAAUAAAUUUUAAUUCGAAACUCUACAAA